CAUCAGGUGUUCUUUCCGGCGGAGGGUCGGGGGUUGUUGGUUCUGUGUCCCGUUUCAGGAAUUCGGCGUGAAGGGAUCCCGCGGGGAAUCACUGCAGCUCAGACCUGACCUGUGCUAGCGCUAGCAUCUGCCAUGGCCCUGAUCGAAGUAACUCGGAAGCUCCUGAACAGGCUCCCGACAGCCGCCAGUUCCUUUCGGACGCAGGGGACGGCGAAGGCACUAAGAGAGAAAAAUGAAAGAUUUGAAGAGACGAAAACCUCAAAGUCAGCGGCUGGUGUCCAGUUUGACUGGCGAGAUGCCCUAAAUCUGGAGGGUCAACUCACAGAAGAGGAGAUCCUGAUUCGAGACUCGUUCCGUGCAUAUUGCCAGACAAAGCUGAUGCCCAGGAUUCUCAUGGCAAACCGAAAUGAAGUGUUUCACCGUGAAAUUGUGCAUGAGAUGGGUGAGCUGGGAGUACUGGGCUCCACAAUUAAAGGCUAUGGUUGUGCAGGGACCUCCUAUGUGUCCUAUGGACUAAUCGCACGGGAAGUCGAACGGGUAGACAGUAGUUAUCGCUCUGUGAUGAGUGUCCAGUCCUCCCUUGUCAUGUAUCCAAUUGCUGCCUAUGGUACAGAAGACCAGAAGCAACGGUACCUUCCAAAGCUAGCCAAAGGGGAACUGUUAGGUUGCUUUGGUCUAACAGAACCAAACCACGGAAGUGAUCCUUCAAGCAUGGAAACCAGGGCGAGGUUCAACACUAGUAGUAACACCUACACACUAAAUGGAUCAAAGACCUGGAUUACUAACUCCCCCAUGGCUGACAUCUGUGUGGUCUGGGCCAAGUGUGACGAUAGGAAAGUACGUGGCUUCCUGCUGGAGAAGGGGAUGAAGGGCCUGACCAUGCCAAAGAUCGAAGGCAAGUUCUCAUUGCGGGCCUCGUCCACUGGGAUGAUUCUGAUGGAGGACGUUGAGGUUCCUGCUGAAAAUCUGCUUCCCAAUGUAGUGGGACUCCGGGGUCCCUUUGGGUGUUUGAACAACGCACGGUAUGGAAUUGCCUGGGGUGCCCUGGGAGCUGCUGAGUUCUGUCUGGAAACAGCUCGGCAGUAUGCACUGGAUAGGAUUCAGUUUGGCGUUCCUCUUGCUCGUAACCAGCUUAUCCAGAAGAAACUGGCAGACAUGUUAACUGAGAUCACACUGGGGCUCCAUGCAUGUGUGCAGCUCGGGCGUUUAAAGGAUGAAGAUAAAGCCACGCCUGAAAUGAUCUCAAUGUUAAAACGGAAUUCCUGUGGGAAGGCUCUGGAUAUUGCCCGGCAAGCUCGUGACAUGCUGGGCGGGAAUGGCAUUUCCGACGAGUACCAUGUGAUUCGGCAUGUCAUGAAUCUGGAGGCAGUGAACACAUAUGAAGGUACUCAUGAUAUCCACGCGCUGAUUCUUGGAAAAGCAAUCACGGGUCUGCAGUCCUUCACUAUAGAGAAAUGAUCCCAAUUGUUCAACAAAGUGACUAAUGGAAAAACAACAUCUUGACAGUUGUUUGUGUGUAGAGCCAUAUCUCUGGGUAAGAUGGGUUAUUCCAUGUACUGACUUCUGUCAGCUCUCUAAACACUAUUUUGCUGUAGAACCAUGAAGCAAUGUGCAUAUUUGAAAGAGCUUGGUGAUCCAUUGCUGCUCUCCUCCGGUAUUUAUUUAGUUUAUUGUACUAUUAAAGAUAUUUACAUUGUGCUUGUUUUACUUCCUAACCUGUUGUAACUUUGAAACAAAAGUCUCAUCAACUCCCUGUUUGGCACUGGAUUUAAAUUAAAUAUUUACUGUACAGAAACAUCACAAUGGCAGCCAUCUGACAGCCGUGUUGGUCCUUUAAUUGGAGCUUUGAAUGCUCCAAUCAUGUUUCCCUCUUCUCUGUAACCUUCUGUCUUUCAAAAUAAAUAUUCCAGGCAGUAGGCAUUUGAAUUCAUAAACACGAGAUUCUGCAGAUGCUGGAAAUCCAGAGCAAUGCACACUAAAUGCUGAUGGAAUUAAGCAGGUUAGGCAGCAUCUAUGGAGGGGAAUAAACAAAUGUUUCAGGCCUGAAGAAAGGUAUGGACCCAAAAUAUCACUGCUUAUUCCCCUCCGUAGAUGUUGCCAUCCUGUUGAGUCCCUUCAGUAUUUUGCGUGUUACUCUAGGCAUUUAAAUUCUACUGCUUUUGAGCAAAUAAUUUGGAAGAAAUUAAUGUUUGGAUGGUAGAUGAGAAGGAACUUAAUUGGAUUUUUUUAAAAAAAUGCAUCCACAUUCUUGUUGUCAGAUUCACAAGAUCACAAGACAAAGGAGCAGAAGUAGGCCAUUCGGCCCAUCGAGUCUGCUCCACCACUCCACCAUGAGCUAAACUAUUCUCCCAUCUAGUUCCAAUUUCUGGCUUUAUCCCCAUAUUCCUUGAUACCCUGACUAAUUAGAUACCUAUCAAUCUCCUUCUUAAACACCCUCAACGAUCGGACCUCCACAGCUGUAUGUGGCAACGAAUUCCAUAAAUCCACGACCCUCUGGCUCAAAAAUUUCUCCUCAUCUCUGUUUUAAAUGGGCACCCUCUAAUUCCAAGACUGUGGCCUCUUGUCUUGGACUCACCCACCAAGGGAAACAGCCUUUCCACAUCUACUCUGUCCAACCCUUUCAAUAUUCGAAAUGUUCCUGAGAUCCCCUUUCAUUCUUCUAUACUCUAAUGAAUACAGUCCUAGAGCUGACAAACGCUCCUCAUAUGUUGGCCCCUGCAUUCCAGGAAUCAUCCUCGUAAAUCAUCUCUGAACUCUCUCCAACAUCAGUACAUCCCUUCUAAGAUAGGGGGCCCAAAACUGCACACAGUAUUCCAAAUGAGGUCUCACCAGUGCCCCAUAGAGCCUCAUCAACACCUCCUUACUCUUAUACACUAUUCCUCUUGAAAUGAAUGCCAACAUAGCAUUCGCUUUCCUUACUGCCGAUCCAACCUGGUGGUUAACCUUUAGGGUAUCCUGCACGAGGACCCCCAAGUCCCUUUGCACUUCCGAUUUUUGAAUUUUCUCCCCAUCUAAGUAAUAAUCUGCCUAAUUAUUUCUUCUUCCAAAAUGUACAACCGUACAUUUCUCAACAUUGUAUCUCAUCUGCCAUUUCUUUGCCCACUCUCCUAAACUGACCGUUUCUUCAACACUUCCUGCUCCUCCACCUAUCUUGGUGUCAUCCAGAAACUUAGCCACAAAACCAUUUAAUCCAUAAUCUAAAUCAUUGAUAUACAUUGUAAAAAGAAGUGGCCCCAACACCGACCCCUGCGGAACACCAGUAGUAACCGACAACCAAUCAGAAUAGGAUCCCUUUAUUCCCACCCUUUGCUUUCUGCCUAUCAGCCAAUGCUCCACCCAUUCCAAUAUCUUUCCUGUAAUUCCAUAGGCUCGCAUCUUAUUAAGCAGCCUCUUAUGUGGCACCUUAUCAAAGGCCUUUUGAAAAUCCAAAUACACAACAUCCACAGCCUCUCCCUUGUCAAUCUUAUUUGAGAUUAUCUCAAAAAAUUCCAAUAGGUUGGUGAGGCAGGAUCUUCCCUUCAUGAAACCAUACUGGCUUGGGCCUAUCUUGUCAUGCACCUUGAGGUAUUUCAUAACCUCGUCCUUGAGGAUCGACUCCAAUAACUUUGGAACUACUGAUGUCAGACUAAUAGGUCUGUAAUUUUCUUUUGCUGCCUCCCUCCUUUCUUAAACGGCAGAACUAUAUUUGCAACAUUACAGUCCUCUGGAACCAUACCAGGUUGUUAAAAAUGCUUUUGUAAUGCCUUGAAAUUUACUUCAAUUCUGAAUCUUUUAAACUAUCAGAUCUCCUCAUUUUUUGUACAGGAUGUCAAGAGUUUGAUCACAAAUGAAAUCACCAGAGAAUAUGAAUUUUCAUUCUCUCCAUGCUAUACCAGGCAACUGCUUUAAACUACCCAUUAUAUGCCUCUUAAUUUGUGCCUUCACUUAUAUUAAAUAUGUACACCUGGUUGCCCUUGAACACAAGUUAUAAAUUGCAUUGCUUCCUCUUACAUGUUUAUAACAUGGGGGAGGUGUCACUUAACUGUUAAUAGAUUUUCGAUUGCACAUAAAAACUGAGACUAAUUCCAAUCAAAGGAACAAACUGUUGUCCCAUGGUAACAAACCUAGAUUGCCACAGACUGCUGGACCUAAUUGUAGGAAACUGUGGCCAUCGUUUUCUAAAUCAUUGGUUUAUAAUGCAGUGGAUGGGGCAAGAGGAAAUUGCAUUAAUUGCUCCUCUUAUUUAUCCCUUCCCCAUCCCAAAGCUCUUAGUUAUAAAUUUCCAUAUAAUAAUGGCAGGUGCCUGGUAGCAUAGCGGUUAGUAUGACACUUGCAGCUUCGGGUGUUGGAGUUAAUUCCAGCAACUUCUGUAAGGAAUAUGUAUGUUUCCCCUGUGAUCGUUUGGGUUUCUACUGGUUUCCUCCCACAGUCUUGAGACCUGCUGGUUAGUAGGUUAAUUGGUCAUUGUACAUUGUCCCAUGAUUAGAUUAGUGUAAAACAGGGAGGUUGCUGGGCAGUACAGCUUAUUGGGCUGGAAGGGCCUGUUCUGCACUGUAUCUCUAAAUAAAAUUUUUAAAAUAAAUAAGGGAAGAGAACUAUUUCUGAAAGUGUAAAUCAUUCUGGUCUAGAAUCACAAUGAAGGGAGCUCUUAUUGAGCCAGUUUGAUUCCAUGUUGGACGUGGAAAGGCAGGUUUAUGUUUUUCUAGAUGUAGAUGUGGUUGGCAAGACCACUAAUCAUUCUU